AUGACUGGUCGUCGUUCGAAUCAAAGUGUUCAACAAUUUCAUUGGCAUCUAUGGUUAUUAUUUGCUAUUGAAAAUUGGAUACUUGAUUUUGGUCGUCCAAUAGCUAUGUUAAUAUUUCCUCUUGAAUGGUUUCCAUUAAAUUUACCAAGUGUUGGAGAUUAUUUUCAUAUGAUAUAUAAUAUUGUAACACCAUUUAUAUUACAAAGUUUAAUAUUAAAAAGUCCAAGAAAAUUUAAUCAAAGUUUAUUUACAGUAUUAAUGACUGUAUUUGUUAUGGGUGCAAGUAUACAUUUAGUUGGUGAUUCAAUAAAUCAUCGUUUAGUACUUAAUGGUUAUCAAUUACAUUUAAGUGUAAGAGAAAAUCCAAUUAUGCAAAAACUUGAUCCACCAAGUUUAAUUGAUUCAUUUGAAUUACUUUAUUUUUAUGAUGAAGAAUUAGGUCAUUAUAUGUGGUAUUUACCAUAUUUUCUUUGUUUUCUACUUUUUUUUAAUAGUACAUUUGUUCCAGCACAAUCUAAAACGGCUGAUGCAAAAGCAUUUUGGCCAUUAGCAUUAUUAAAUUCAACAUAUUAUUGGUAUUUAGUCACAGAAGGACAAAUAACACCAUUGUUUAUUGUAACAACAUGUCUUAUGACAAUUCUGUGGCUUUAUCAACGAAUUAUCAAUGGAAAUAGUUUGGAUAUUAAUGGGCGAUUUCUUUUGUAUACAUUUCAUAUGACAAUUAUAUUAGUUGCUGUUUGGACAAGUUUCUUUUGGAAUGAUGAAAUAUUAAGAGCAAAAUAUGCAUCAAGUUUAAUUUAUGUACCAGAACCAUGGUCGGUUUAUUCAUUAUAUGGAAAAAGAUUUUUUUAA